GUCAAAUAGUGUUUGGCGCGCUGGCUGAUAAGCAUAGGCGGUUGAUCACGAUGAAAUUAUUUUUUUUAGUUGCACGACAGAUAUCUUACAUUCCUCACGUGCCUGAGCGGUUUAAUUUAAUCGUCUUCAUUUGCAAGUUGUAACGAAAAUGAAUAGUGACGAAUUAGCCAAUAAUAGAAGAAUGGCACGACAGAAUGGGAUCGUCCAACCUUUACUUACUGAUCUUUACCAAAUCACCAUGGCCUAUGCUUACUGGAAGUCCAACAAAGUAAAUGAUGUGGCAGUAUUUGAUUUAUUUUUCCGCACCAAUCCAUUCCAAGGAGAAUUUACCAUAUUUGCUGGACUUGAGGAAUGUCUCAAAUUUUUGGAGAAUUUUCAUUAUUCUGACAGUGAUAUUGAAUAUUUGAUGGCAACUCUUCCUGAAAAUAUUGAGCCAGAGUUUUUUGCAUAUUUAAGAGAUCUUACAUGCAAGGAUAUCAAGUUGAGUGCUAUCGAAGAAGGAUCAGUAGUUUUCCCAAGAGUGCCCCUACUAAGAGUUGAAGGACCUCUAAUUAUUGCCCAGUUGUUGGAGACGACCUUAUUAACCCUGGUUAACUUUGCAAGCUUGAUGGCGACAAACGCCGCUCGAUAUCGGAUGGUGGCCGGGAAAAAUGUUUCUUUACUGGAAUUUGGACUAAGAAGAGCGCAAGGCCCCGACGGAGGGCUAUCUGCUUCCAAAUAUGCAUAUAUCGGUGGUUUUGACGGCACCAGCAAUGUGCUGGCUGGCAAGAUGUUCAACAUCCCCGUGAAAGGCACGCACGCCCACUCAUUCGUGACGUCAUUCAGCACGCUAUCCGACGUCUCCUCAGUUGUACUGCGUCACGCAGACACAGACAAACAGUGCAAUCUGCUAGAUCUCGCCACGGAAUGGCGCAAACGCGUCUCACCGAUCAUGGACGUGUCCACAGAAGAGGCGAGCGACGGUGAACUAGCCGCCCUCAUAUCCUAUGCCCUUGCCUUUCCAUCAGGAUUUCUGGCUUUAGUGGAUACGUAUGAUGUCAAGAGGUAUAACUUUCAAGGCUUACCGUCACGACACAGGCAGCAUAUGAAUGGGCAUUCUGGCUACAAUAGCAACUGUGGAUCCAAUGGCUCUAGAAUACAAAACUCACAUAGUACAUAUGGAUAUAGCACGGUCGAACGCACACUGAGGAGUGGCCUUCUAAACUUUUGUGCGGUGGCACUAGCUUUAAACGAUUGCGGGUACCGCGCGGUCGGUAUCCGCAUAGACAGCGGGGACUUGGCAUACCUGUCCGUGCUAGCCCGGGACACGUUUGCCAAGGUCGGCGAAGCGCUGAAGUUGCCAUGGUUCGCCACACUGACUAUCGUAGCUUCUAACGAUAUAAAUGAAGAAACUAUACUGAGUCUGAAUGAGCAAGGCCACAAAAUCGACUGUUUCGGCAUUGGAACGCAUCUGGUGACUUGUCAACGCCAGCCCGCUCUCGGGUGCGUCUACAAACUCGUGGAAAUCAAUGGACAGCCAAGAAUUAAGCUGAGUCAAGAUGUAGGCAAAGUUACUAUUCCGGGUCACAAAGAGGCAUACAGACUGUUCGGGGCGGACGGGCACGCGCUCAUCGACUUGCUCCAGCGCUCCUCGGAGCCGCCGCCCGCGGUCGGACAGAAGGUGCUUUGCCGGCACCCCUUCCAGGAGUCCAAGCGGGCCUACGUCAUACCGAGCAAAGUGGAGCAUCUUUAUAAGGUGUUCUGGAAAGACGGUAGGAUCUGCUACCCGCCGAAGCCAUUGUCCGAGGUACGCCAGCGCGUGCAGUCGUCUCUACGGACGCUGAGACAGGACAUCAAGCGGAAUUUGAACCCUACCCCAUACAAGGUGGCGGUGAGCGACGACCUCUACAACUUCAUUCACGACUUGUGGCUUCAGAACGCGCCUAUCGGGGAACUGUCCUGAAAUUAGCACUUCUCUUACCCAGUCAUAAUCACCAAUGUUGCAUGUUUUCUUUCGUAAAACUUAUCCAUUUGGUAAGCUAAGUUUGCUUGAAUUUUCGUGCGGCCAUUAAUGCACUAGUAAAAAAAACAUUUUAUUAACCCCUCAACUCCUACCGUCGCGACAUCUGGCUGGCAGAAAAGUUUCCUGUCUCUCACCCUCACGUUAUCGCAUACAAAAGGCACAAGCGCUGGGUGAUGAGGGGUUGAUUAUAAUUUUACUUAGCAUAAGAUCACUAAUUGUAUUUAUUAAUCAAGAGAUACUAGUCACGUGUAAAAUUAGUAAAAAUUCAAAAUCAAAGAAAUAUUGCAAUAUGUUUAAAACAUAAAUAUAAAACAUUCAACCCGUGUAUUUAUAAGCAAUCUACAAAAAACCUUUUACAAGAUUUGUUAUAUUUAUAUAGAUGGUAAUUAUAAGGAUAGUCAUGAUAGCAGAUAUAAUAUAUGCUUUAGAUCGUAAGUAGUAAUAUACCACGAAAAGUUACAUAAAUAUAAUAUGGAUUACAGCCCAGAGAAAGGUUUUAAACCCUGUAGUCAUUUGUAGAGUAUAACAGUACUCUUGAGUGUUUAUUUUUCCAAUUUAGAGGAACACAAAACACAAUGUACAAAUGUAUUUUUUUAUUCCACGUAGUUAUGUAGGCAACUCCAUUUUCAUAAUAGUGAGGUAAUUACUAAAUGCUGAUAUAACUUAUUUUUUUACGCUGUGUUUUUGAAAUACAUUCACAAUUAUGUAUGUAGGUCACAAACCGUUGUUUUUUCGUGCGUUCGGCAUAGGAAUGUACGAAUUAUGUGAUGUACUUUUUGAAGUGCAUUAAUUGUAUUGAUUAAUCACUAAAUACAUUUUACAUAUUUUUUAUGCAAGCAUAUAAUAAUAUUAUAUGAUUGCGAAAUUUGCUUAUUUUAUACCUAUAUUUUAUAUGGUUGAUGGAAUUUAGUAAGUAUGCUAAAUAUAGAACAAAACACUCAUACACCAUGGACACCAAAUAUCACCCCAAUCAUGAAUUCAUGUGAGCUAUCUAGGAUCAGAUGCAUGCAUGUUACAUCUACUUCUAAACGAACACUUCUUAAAUUGUUGAUUUAUACCAUAUAAUUAAAAAUAGUACUUUAUACUCACGCUGUGGAACAAAACCGAUAUUUGGCAGCAUAAGAUGGUUAAUGAUGCUUGUUCCCGAUAUUCGAAGUAUUCCUGUGAUCGUGGCGUAAAACAACAACAAAUAUUAACAACUCCAUUUAACGCCUUAUAGAUUAAGUGAUAUACCACUGGCCAUACCUUUGUGAUCAGCUUAUACAGAAUGCAAAGCUUGUUUUAUCUAUUGUAUUGCUAUGAAAACGAAAAAUUAUAAUUCAAACCCAAACUCAAACAUUUAUUUAGCAAAAAGGCCACAAGGGCACUUUUUCACGUCAAGGUGUCAAAAAUUAAGUACCAUUUUAUUUGACGUAAAACUCAAGCAAUAAAUACAUUGCGAAUUUAAUUUAGUCAAUCAAAGUGAGCAAUUUUUUUUCAUGAACUACGAAAUUAAUUUAAUUUUCUGCUGUAUCCUAGACUAAAAAGUAAAGUUAGAUAAUUUAACUAAAUACAAAUUGUCAGGCCCCAAAUUAAUAAUGAUUGUUAUGAAUCUAUUAAGAUAAAAUUAAUUACUUUAACAGCGUAAGGCAAUAAAUUCCAUGAAAUUUUAGAAAUCAUAAACAUCGAUAAUAUUUAUUGCUUGUUUAUUAAAUGAAACGGUACAUAUGUACCUAUAGUAAUUUAUGUAUAAGUAGGGUUGAUACCACAUGCUACAAUUCAAAAUUAUAUCUUCUUUCUUAUGAUGUCACUUAAAUUAUAGAGAAAUUGAAUAAAAAAGGAAAUUAGGUAAUCUGUUUCCAAUGCAAGAUAAACACUAUUCUGACAGAUAAGUAAAUAAUAAGGACAGGUAGUCUCAUUAUACAGUUGCGAUUUUCAUUACUGAUGACAGCCCGCGUUUUGGCUUCUGGUUUUAUUAUAACACAGUUCUGUAUGACACUAUAGUCUCGCAAACCCAAUUUGUCAGUAAAUAUGAACAAAAAUACUACUCAUUUCUUUCUUUUGGAUGCUACUACUAGCGUAAGACAAAGAUAGUAUGAUUCUCCCUGUUUAUGAAAUGAGCCAGUCAGUCCCUGGUCAAACUAUAUCUCUUCAAACACUAUCAUAUUGACGUGGGUCUCAUAAUAUUUCUAGAUGGCAUUACACACAUUAAAAAACCAUACAAAUUGUAGGUAUAAUUGGCUGAGGUAUUUGAGAGACGCUAUCUACACAGAUGAUCACAACUGAGGAACACAAUUUUUAACUAGAAAAAUUCCCUUGACACACAAAUUGAAAUAUCAAUAGGGGUUCAUCCAUUAAUUACAUCACACGAAUAUGAAGGUUUUUUGACCCCCUCCUUGUCACACUUGGUCACAUUUGGCAAACCCCUCUCCCCUUGGUGUGACGUCACAUUUUUAGCAAUUUUGUUUUCAACAAAACGGAUUAACUAUUAUUAAUAUAAUAUCAGAAUAUUUUUGAUAAAAGAUAAUUUUAUAACACAAUACCGAUUAGGAAAGAAAAAUAAACGAAUAAAAAUGAAUAUCGUUCCAAAAACUCGUUAUUUAAGUGCACAGCGUACAAAAAAAAACUGGGUUACUGAUGAAGUUAAAGUGACGUCAAUAAAGUUUGUGACUCCCCCUCCCCCUUGUGACACCAUGUCACAUUUUAUUGACCCCCUCCCGCCCCCUAAACGUGUGAUGUAAUUAAUGGAUGACCCCUAGCGGGACGCUCACGUCAUUUUGAUUAAUUACAAAAAUCAUCGAAGUUAUAGUCUGUUCGGAAAGAGAAGAGUCGUGGAAUGUAUUGGGCCCCAUACAUUCCACGACUCUUUCUCUUUCCGCACAGACUCUAUUCCCUUCGGCCGCGUACGCAACCAGAGCUUCGUAACCAGAUGCGAUCGAAAACUAUUUCUGCUUUGUACGAAACCGGUUGCGAUCAAAAACUAAUUCCGUCUUACUAGUUAUCAGUUACGAUCGAAAACUUUUCUUUGUUGUACGAAACCUUUCGACCGUUGAUAAAGUCAGCUAAGAUUAUAUUUAUACACCUUGUUAUACAGUAUAAGUACUGUACACGUUAUAUCAUCAGUCAAAAAUCAGAACACAAAAAUGUACCAGUUGAUAAUAUUCAAAUACUUUGUUGGCAAAUACAAUGUAACAUUGUUCCUUAAAAGACACUGGCUUAAGAGACAUGGAGCACUGACAUUCAGGAUAAGAAAUUAUCAUGAGUAUCAUGACAAAAUAUUUGAAAAAGAAACCUAUAGCUAGAUGGCCCAGACAUUGGUUUCGUAUAAGAACGAGAAGUGUUCGAUCGUAACUGGUUACGGGUAAGACGAAAUUAGUUUUUGAUUGCAACCGGUUUCGUACAAGGCAGAAAUAGUUUUCGAUCGCAUCUGGUUACGAAGCUCUGGUUGCGUACGCGGCCGAAGGGACUCUAUUAUAAAAUAUUUGAACACAACUUUGUAUAAGUCUUUAUUCAUUACUUGUCUCUUAUUUGUAUGUACCAUGGCAAUAAAAGGAAGCACUGGCCUAUAUCAAGAACAUAAUUUCUGUGCCUUCAAACAAAGCAUUAUAAUGUAAGUGAUCAAUGCACACAUUUUUAUGAAUUAUUGUAAGCUAUAUGUUGUAAUAGAGAUAUCUAUUUAGUUUUGUUAAAUACAGAAUAGUAUGAAUUUUA